UUUGACAAUGGUGAUGAAGAAUUGGAGGAUGACGUGGAAGAGUUUGCGAGCUCCGGAGGUCCCUCGGUGAGCCAAAACAAUCGAGCCCAAUGGAAUGAUGCUAAUAGUGCUUGCUUGUUAGAAUUGUGCAUUGAGCAACGUGCAGCAGGAACGUAUAAUGGUGUAACAAUGACUGCUGAAGGGUACCAAGCUGUUAUGGACGGCUUACUUGCUAGAAGGGGGUUGGUGUAUUCCCGUGUGCAGGUGAAGAACCAGAUAGUCGUACUCAAAAACACCCACUCCUUUUGGCGAUACAUGCAAGUGCACACAAGGUUGGGGAGGAAACCAGAUGGAACCAUUGAUGCCGACUCUGAGUUCUGGAUAACACACACAGAGAAGAAACCAUACCUAAGGAAGUUGCAGUGGGGUCCUCCAGCAAACGAGGAGUUGCUUGAUCAACUGUUCAGAGGUUGCACCGUGGAUGGAAGCACAGCCUUUGUGCCUGGAGAUGAUUAUGGUCAGACUCAAGGGCAAGAUGCAGGGGCAGAAGAGGAGUUUCAAGGAACACCUACAAGUACAAGCAACCAGAGGAGCCAGAGGGGCAAGAGGUCAUUAAGCACUUCAAGCACUUUGACUAGUCCAUUGAAGAAGAGCAAGAGCCCAAUGGCGAAAAUUGUCAAGGACAUAGCCAAUACCUACAAGGAGUCUGUCGCAGCCAACACUAAGCAAAUGCAGAAACGUGCAAAUGAGAAGGCUGCAUUUUCUGUGAAGAGGUGUCAGGAGCUGGCAUUUGAGUGCGGUGUUCAGCAAACAGUUGACUCUGUCUAUGCUAUGUCCAAGAUGUUCGAAACGGAGUACCAAAGGGAGUUCUUUUGUGGCCAAUUAACUGCUGAGCUUAGGUUGGGUUACUUUAAGAAAUGGUGCAGAGACAACAAUUUGGAGUAGUUGGGAAGUGUGUGUUAAGAUGUUGAACCUAUUUAAAUUGUUGUAUGUUGAACCUGUCAUGUGU